AUGGCUGCGCAAUUAAGAGAUCCUAACAGGGAAGCAUACAAUAUCGUCUGCGGGUUCUGGAGAGAGUUUUACAAUAACCACGAACGCACUUUCUGGGCCAAGAAGAAAUGUAAUGGAUGUUAUGAUGACCAUAAGUUUGUCAUUUGGUCAGUGGCAGUUGCUGUCCAGGCAGUAGUAGAUGGAGCAAGACUCUUCAACGAGUUGAAACCAUUGAUUGAUCCAGCAAUUCAAAUUUUCCAGAAAUACAAGAACCCCAAAAUUCGUGGAUAUUCAGCCGCCGAAAAUGCAGGGGAUGAUAAGGACAUUUACUACGAUGACGAUGCGCAGGUUGCAAGUUGUAUGAUCACUGCUUAUGAAGUUACAGGGAACAAAUUAUACUUAGAUCAAGGUCGUGAAUUGGUUCAUUUCUUAAUGACUGGUUGGAACAACAACCCAGACGCUAGAACCAAAGGUGGAAUGUGCUGGCAUUUAACUAACCAUUACUUGAAUGCUUGUACUACUGCCGAAGUUGCCAAGGCUUGUUUACAAAUUGCCAAGUUUAUCCCUCAAGAGGCAAAGAUGUACAUCGAUUUUGCUGCCAAGUGCAUUGACUGGCAAAUAAAAGUGUUGCAAGAUCCUAGUGACAAGUUAAUUAUGGAUGGUGUGCAAGAUACAGAAGUCAAUGUAAACACAAUGAAGUGGACUUAUAAUUUAGGUACCACGCUUUCAGCUGCUGCAAAUUUGUACUAUGUGACUCGUGACUCCCAUUGGAAACAGAUUGCUGACGAAUUGGCAGAAGCGGGAAUAAACAGAGGAGUAUUCUUUUAUGAUAGAGACUACGACGAUUCGAAAAGAUAUUGGAGGGAUGGAUCUUAUUUUGAACAAUUAUUGAUUGAAGGGCUUGCUGAUUAUUUGUUGUAUAUACCAGAAGUGCCCCAAAGUAUGGGCGACCGGAUCCACGAUGAGAUCCAAAGGCAUUUAAUUAUGUUUUAUGAGUUUAUGAAAGAUCCUAGAGAUGGUAUGUAUAUCCAGAGCUUUGAACCAAACAGAACUUAUAAAGAAGUGUAUGACACCAAAUAUGUUAAGCAUUUUGGUAACCAAAAGGAAUGGUCAUUGAAAGAUGAAGAUAAGGAUGGUGAUGGCAAUCCACAAAAAUGUUUAAUGGGAGGUGGAGCUGCCGCAAGAGUAUUCUUCCAAGGAGCUCGAGUUGUCCCCAAGGUUGAUCCUUAUGAUUUUUGA